GGCAUGACCCAAAAAAAUCAAAAUCAAACCAAUAGUCUCUACACGCAACUUUCUUUAAAAUCCAAAAAAUCAAUAUCUCGAUCCAUUGAAACCGCGAAGACCCAGAACCCGAAAUCGAAAAACCCAUAAAUCGAAAGUGAAAAAAUGGAGCCUUUGAUGGAAGAUGCAGAGUACAGUGUCAGGGAAGUCGUUUUGCCGUCGUUGAUCCCGGUGGUGCCGGAGCCGGAGCUAGAGAGAGAGAGCGGAGAGAGAAGAAGAGGGAGAGACGUAAUCUUAGCCGUUGAUCAUGGUCCCAACAGCAAACACGCCUUUGAUUGGGCUCUCGUUCAUUUCUGUCGCCUCGCAGAUACUCUUCACCUUGUCCACGCCGUCUCAAGUGUUAAGAACGACGUUGUGUACGAGACGAGCCAGGCCCUGAUGGAGAAACUCGCUGUUGAGGCGUUUCAAGUUGCCAUGGUGAAGAGUGUGGCUCGUGUUGUUGAAGGCGAGGCUGGUAGUGUAAUCUGCAAGGAAGCAGAGAGAGUGAAGCCAGCGGCUGUAAUUAUGGGUACACGAGGACGGAGCUUAGUAAGAAGUAUGCUACAGGGGAGCGUAAGCGAGUAUUGUUUCCACAAUUGCAAAUCCGCUCCCGUCAUAAUCGUUCCAGGGAAAGAAGCUGGAGAUGAAUCGAUUGUAGAUUGGACACAAUCAGGAGAUCCAAAACCUUGAAGAAAAAGAUUUAAAGUCUUUGUACAAGUGUUUCCACGAACAAAGGCUGUUUGUUUGUUUAUCUUUCUCUGUAGUUAAAGUCUUUGUUUCGUCAUGUUCGUAUCUCUUUGGGGUUCUUCUUCUUCUUCAUCUGUGUGUGCGUGUAUGUGUUCUGAUUUGGGUUUUGUAGUUUCAACUUUUCCAGUUUGUGUAUAAAAACACUUGCUCAAGAAUGAAGUUAUCAUCAUUUUAU